AUGUAUCGGAAGUUGUCUAAGUUAGAACACUCGGAAAUAAAACAACUUCUUACAGAAGCUAAUAUAGAAGUAGCAAAGCAUUACGCAACAAACAAAAAAGCACUCGCUGACUUCAUUAAAGACUAUAAUGGUGCAAUAAGUUAUGAUAGAAUUCAUGAGUUCAUAAAGCCGCAACGCGGCGAGGACGAAGUCCAUGCAAUAGCAUUUCCUUUAAAUGACGUUGCUAUUGACUUAUAUCAUAGACGUUCAGUACCUCAUGAAGUAAGAAGAGAAAUGUUUGACAUAACAAAUGCAAACGUUGGUGAAACAAGAAGAAGAGACGACACACUGAAACAACAGAGAAGAGAGAUGUUUAAAAGUGCUAUAGAACAAGUUCGCAAAGCUAACGAUGUCAUUCGUUCCAUUGACGACAAACCAAAAGAAGGUGAGAGAUGGUUAAAGAAAGAUGAAGAGAAUAGGAAGAGAAAUGUGAAGUCAGGCAAUAGACUCAUUGACUUUAACAUCGAAGCUUUAGAUGAACCAAACAGAGACUACUUACACAAACAUUUCGGUAAG